GCACCUUUCAUUUCCGUUUUCUCAUUGAAUAAAUCAGUAGGCUCGUUAUCCUUGCCAUUUGACGGUUGAGGGUGAGCCGUUUUUGGUGUGUUUUAAUUAAAAUAGAAAAAGGUUUAGAACCAUUGUUAGAACAGCACCGAUAUUUAAUUACAUAAAUUCACCAUGCAGUACAACGGAACACACCAAAAUAACGGCAUGUUCCAUGCACGUCCUGCGCGUGAUAAUUACAACCAAAAUUGGAAAUAUACAAACCAAGCAUUAGCACCAAUUCAAGACUUUGGAGGACCUAACACUAAAAUACAGUCCCGUGAAUUUACUUCGAGCAAUAACCGUGUACAAAAGCAGCAGCCUGCAUGGGAACCCCAACCCCAAACUCAAGAAUUACAGCCAUUCCAGAAGAACAUUUAUGAAUUACAUGAGAAUGUUAAAAACAGGUCACAAUCAGAAGUUGAUCAAUAUAGACAGCAGAAAGCAAUUACUGUGAUUGGCACAAAUGUUCCUCAUCCAAAUGAAUGUUUUGAUGAAGGAAAUUUCCCUGAAUACAUAAUUAAAGAAAUUGUUAGGCAAGGAUUUACUGAGCCUACUGCUAUUCAAGCACAGGGAUGGCCUAUUGUCCUUUCAGGACGUGAUUUAGUUGGAAUUGCACAAACAGGCUCUGGAAAAACAUUAGCUUAUAUGAUACCUGCCACAUUACACAUCAAUAAUCAGAAAAGGCUCCAGAGAGGUGAAGGCCCCAUUGUACUAGUUUUGGCACCUACACGAGAACUUGCACAGCAAAUACAGAAAGUUAAUUUAUGCUCCCCCAGCAUGAUUCGUAAUACUUGCAUUUUCGGUGGAUGCCCCAAAGGACCUCAGGCUCGCGAUUUAGAACGUGGUGUCGAAAUCGUUAUUGCAACACCUGGCCGUCUUAUCGAUUUCCUCGAAAAGGGCACAACAAAUCUCAAUCGAUGCACAUACCUUGUCCUUGACGAGGCAGACAGGAUGCUUGACAUGGGUUUCGAACCUCAGAUCCGCAAAAUUAUUCAACAAAUUAGACCUGAUCGUCAGGUAUUGAUGUGGUCUGCCACAUGGCCGAAACAGGUUCAGGCUCUCGCAGAAGACUUCCUUGUGGAUUACAUUCAGGUUAAUAUUGGCUCUCUAGCAUUGGCUGCCAAUCGUAAUAUUCGCCAAAUCGUUGAAGUGUGUGAAGAAGAAGAAAAGGAAGGAAAACUAAUGAAUUUGCUCAAAGAAAUUGGUUACAAUUCUACCAAUAAAAUUAUAGUAUUUGUGGAGACCAAAAAGAAGGUGGACGACAUUACCAAGUGCAUAAGGAACGAAGGUUUCCUGGCCAUCUGUAUGCACGGGGAUAAAUCGCAACCUGAGCGUGAUUAUGUAUUAUCAGAGUUUAGAAGCGGAAAAUCGUGUAUUUUGGUAGCAACUGAUGUGGCAGCGAGAGGAUUAGAUGUUGAAGAUGUUAAAUACGUCAUCAACUAUGAUUAUCCAAAUUCUUCAGAAGAUUAUGUUCAUCGUAUUGGAAGAACUGGCAGAUGUCAACAAGUUGGAACUGCUUAUGCAUUCUUCACCCCCAAUAACCAACGCCAAACCAAGGACUUGAUUGCCGUUUUGGAAGAAUCAGGUCAACCUGUCUCGUCAAAACUUGUUGAUCUUUUGGCUUCAUCUCGUAAUAAUCAGAGUGGUCGUAAUCGUUGGCAGAAUCGCAAUCGCGACAACUCGUCACCAAACAGUAACGAAUCACAACAGGGCAAGCAGCAACAACAACAAAAUCAAAGAAACAACAACAGAACGUGGAACAACAAGACCUACGUUAACAACGAUCAGCAGAGACAAAACAAUAUGAGAUACAAUAGCAAUGGAGGCGGUGCCAAUGGGGGCAUGAAGUUUGAUACGUUCCAAAUACCCAACCAGAGGAAUUCUGGGCAGUACAAUGGGGGCUAUCAGCCGAACAUGUACCAAAAUCCUGGGGCACAAUAUGCUGGACAACAACAGGGUGGAUAUGGAGGAGGAUAUGGGAAUGGAAGGCAGUUUAAUGGAAAUCGUGGCUAUAAUAAUAUGCGUAACAGUUCAGGUGGUCCGCCCCGUUACAGCCAGCGCCAGGCAUAUUCCAACGCAUCAACAGCAGGAAUGUACGCCGUCCAGCCACAGUACAUGAUGCAAGCCACGGCUGCCGCGGCCGGAGUUCCCGGAUCGGCGGACGACGUCCAAUGUCUCGUCAAUCACAAGUUUUUCCAACCAAGUCGCACGCCCCCUAACAACGCAUGCGGCUACCAAUCGAUGAAUCAGGGUAUGUUUGGGCAAUAUUCGCCCCCUGUUCCCCCUUACGCGUAUCAGUACACCCAGCCACCCGCGGCUGCUGUACAACAGUAAUCUCAUUAUUUAAUUUAAAAAAAAAAAACUACCUUGAAGAACGCUCGCUCGCUCGCGCUAGAGUUUUUUUGAUUUUUUUUGCUUUUGUUUCGAAUGAGAAAUUUUUGUGUGUGCGAUGAAAGAAUAAGUAAAUAAAAAGAAGCGUUUUUUAAGGUUGUAACAGCAACAUACAUUAAUAAAAAAAUUGAUUUUUUUUCGGUAAAUAAAAAAUAAAACGGGCCGGUCCCUUUAGCCACCCGUUGUAAUUCGUCGUUUAAAUGUGGGAUGUGUCUUAUUUAGUGUUAGUAGAUUAUUUUUCUUUUGUAAUGGGCUUUUUUCUCUUCAGCACUAUGCGUUUAUGAUACCUAUAUAUAAUACUUUUUGGAAUAUCAGCUCUUUUUGCCGCAAUCGCUUCACACAAUAUUUAGGUUCAUGUAUAAAAGAAGUUGCUUUUUCAUUUUAGAUAUCGGAUUUUAUUUCAACGUUUAUUUUUCUUUAAACAGCAGAAGCAGAGCAACUAUAACCAACUGAUCUUUACUAUUGCUAAUUUCAAGUAUUAAUGUACUUUAUCCAAAAAUGAAAUAACGAUAGCGGCAUGCAUAGACUAAAAUGUGUAACCGAUGUUGUAAUCGAUAUUAUAAUUAGUCAUUCAUUGUAAAAGAUAGAUUGGUCGGGAAUUGGUCUAGCAAAACAUUUAUUAUUUAUUUAUUUAGCGUGAAUGGAACUUCGAUUAAAUUUAAUGGGACAAUAGUAGGAGGGUUGUCGUAUCUAUUUACCAAAAAGUUUUGCCUUUAUAAAAUUUAAGAAGAUAAUUAUUCUUUUCUGAAGUGUUCCCGACUAAGUCAGCAUAUUUAUUAAUUAUAUUAAUUGUGUCCGACACUGCUGCACUGUUAUUCUGCAAAUAAAUGAUAAGUAAUAUGUCUUUUCCCCCCUGAGCAGAAUGAAUUUGUGGUGACGUUUAAAACCAGCAAAAAUUUAAAUUACGUUUAACAACAUUGAUUGUGUCGCUGUGAUGUUCGUUUGUAUUCGGUCUUCUUUGCAACUAGGGCUGCAACGAGGAUUCGAAUGCACCUCUACUCACAAAACAUUUAUAUACACACACUCACACAUAUGCUGUGCUAGCUAGAUUUUCAUAAUAUGUGUAAUUGUAAUGAUAGUGUUUAAUAAUAUUAAUAAUAUUUGUAUUUCUCUUUAUCUGUAUGCUGUUGAAAUGCACGAAACAUAUAGAAGGGGGGAUAUCUCCAAUUGAAACAAAAAAUACAUACAUACAUACGUUUAGUGAUAUAUAUUGAUAAUUUAAUAGUUUUUGUCUCCCCAUGAGACGACAACGCAGAUAUGAUGAUAAUGAUAAAAAAAAACGUAACGUUAUUUCAAGACGAUAAUUUUUAAUAAAUAAAUAAAAACGUCUUAAUAAUAACGAAAACUGAAUGAAAAAAAAAAAACAAACGGUAAGAUAAUUUAUAUUUCUGCGAUGAUAUAUCUGUUCUGUGUGCAAGUGGUUCGUACCUACCGUAUCUCGUUAAGAUAAUUUUCCCUUACGAGGUGGUCAGGGAUGAAGUGGAAGAUAUCUUCUUUGUCUGGUCAUCGUCGUUUUCUAUAUUAGUAAGGUGUAAUUUCUGGACAUUCCUUCCAGUUCUUCAUAAAGUAGGGACAACAACGGUCAAAUUCAAAAAAGUGCGAUUUUAAUAAUUAUAAUGAUUAAAAACCAUUGCAGCUAGAAAUAAUUAAAAACUUACUUUCGAAAUGUGUACCCUGCUUUCUGUAAGAUAAAAUACAGAAAAACUGUUAUCUGCCUUUAUAAAAUUACCAAGUGCUCUCCGAUUGCUGUAGGCGUUUUAUUAUUGGAAUAAAGCGGCGACAAUUAAUUAAAAUAAUAAAUAAAUAGUCCUAAUAGAUGCACACAUGAACCAGAGUCAUGCGCCAAGUGCGUGUAUAUUGUAGUGUUUAGUUUUGUUUUUCAUUUAACGCGAUUUAUUUUAAUUCUCUAUAAGGUUCACUCUUUCUCGAAACGUUGAAACGAAACGAGUAUGAAAAUGAAGAAGAAAGAUGAUGAGAAAAAUAAUUAAAAAUAAAAAAUACAAAAACGGUGCAUCGGCACUCGAUCUGUGAUAUUUUUUAGCAAGUAACGGUAGCAAAGAAUAAUAAAUUAUAUUAACUUUCCGUGUGUAUAAGAGGAGCUGUGCGCGCUUCUUUGCUUUAAUCUCGAAGCCAAAUAUGUGCGUUUCGAAUGAUGUACUAUAAAAGCAUGACACGACCGGCGAAAGCUCAUUUUUUCGUGGCGCGUUACGCUAAACCGUCACGUUACGUUACGUUACGUUACACGCAGUUUUACACUACGAGACGCGCGCUUUCCGGGACAUUGUUCGGUAUGUGAUAUUUACAAGAGAUGUUAUUUAUAAUUAAUUAUCUUUACGAAAGACUGAACUAACUUGUAACUUUACACACUUGUAGAGAAAAAAAUACAUGACGACCUUCAAAAUCGUCAAAAUUUUUUAUUAGAUGAUGAUUAAAUACAUCAUACACAUACCCACAUGCAUAUUCUCUACGGAUUCCCCUUUUUUGUUUAUUGUUUUCGUGCGUGAAUAUGUUCGUAUUCCAGGCGGAUUUGUGAUUGCCAAUAAUAAUAAUAAUAAUAGCGCCGUUCUCUUCACUCGGAUUGUUUUUUUGGUGCGCCAUGAACUGCACAUUUAGUAAAUAUAAUAAUUAAUAUUAUUCGCGAUAGUCAACAAACGGCUCCGUUGCUAUUACAUGAUCGGUACUAGACUUUGGCUCCUCCUACCUAACUGAUUAAAAAAAAAAAAGAAAAA